CCUCUUCCUCCCCUCGGGUGUUGCAAGCUCAAAUCGUUUCCUGUCACGACAAGUCUUUGCGAGGGGCCUCACCUCCCUCUCUCACCACACCGGCCCAUCGACCUCUGGGAGUUUGGGGUUGAUCGUGAGUGCCAUGAUCCUGCGGGUUCCGUACAGUCAACUGCUUACCCCUUCCGUCUCCCCUCCAGGUCAUUCUUGCCGUUGUAUCUGUCCGUCCUGCCCUUGAAGGUCACAUCCGGGAGCAGCGACUGGGCGCAUCUUCCAUACAUGCAUCCGACCGUGCAUCUUCACUUACUUGUACAUCCGCCGAGACAUCCCCUCCUACCACGCUCCCUCGGACGCUCCCCGUCGACUUGCUAUCCUUCCAACCUACCCCGUCUUCCCACGCUCGUUGCCCCCCACUCUACACCAUCUUUCGCGUACACAUAAUCGCUGUAACUGCGCCCCAUCAUGGCAUGGGACCAUCUCUCAAUCACCAAGGCGCACUUGGUGUACAUCAUCCUUGGAGGCUUUACCAGCCUCUUCAUGUUGUGCUCUUCCAUCAUCAAGGAGCGCUUAUACAUUGGCGAAGCUACUGUAGCUACAAUAUGCGGCAUCAUAUUUGGCCCUCAUGUGGCCGACCUCAUCAAUCCCCUUACCUGGGGCAAUGUCGACCUAAUCACCCUGGAAUUCUCUCGCAUCGUCUUGGUUGUCCAGUGCUUUGCUGUUGGCGUCGAGUUGCCCCGGUCCUAUAUGGAGAGGCACUGGAAGUCGGUCACGCUGCUGCUGAUUCCUGUGAUGACCUGGGGCUGGCUAAUCACGAGCCUUUUUAUCUGGGGUCUGUUCUCGAAUAGACUCAAUUGGCUGGAUAGUCUCACAAUCGCAGCCUGUGUCACAGCAACCGAUCCGGUUCUAGCCUCCUCUGUCGUCGGAAAAGGCAAGUUUGCGAAACGCGUGCCCAAGCAUCUUCGAGAUCUGCUCUCCGCCGAGUCCGGCUGUAACGACGGUAUGGCUUUUCCGUUCGUCUACCUGGCCGUUUACGCGAUCCGCUAUCGACCCGACGCUGGGCAAGUCACGUUCCACUGGUUUUGCUACACGGUGCUCUACGAAUGUCUGUUCGGGGCCGUGUUCGGAGUUCUAGUCGGCUAUGCUGCCCGACAUGCAAUCCGCUAUGCUCACGAACAUGAUCUAAUUGACCGAGAAAGUUUCCUCGUCUUCUACUUCGUGCUCGCUCUCUUUUGCGCCGGUGCGGGAAGCAUACUUGGCCUGGAUGAUUUGUUGGUAGGCUUUGCUGCUGGCGUCGGCUUUUCGAAUGACGGCUGGUUUCUGGAAAAGACCGAGGAAUCGCACGUCAGCAACGUCAUUGAUCUACUCCUCAAUUUGUCCUUCUUCGUCUAUUUCGGAACCAUUAUCCCCUGGGAACAGUUCAACUCUCCGGACAUCAUCGGAAUCACACCCUGGCGUCUGGUCGUGUUAGGCGUGCUGGUUCUUUUAUUCCGGCGGAUUCCAGUCAUGUUGUUACUGAAACCUAUCCUACCAGACGUCAAAACUUGGCGUGAGGCCCUGUUCGCCGGACACUUUGGGCCCAUUGGUGUCGGUGGGCUAUUUGUCGCAAUUCUUGCUCGAGCCGAGUUAGAGACGGCGUCGACGACUCCGCUCGCAAAACUGCCAGAACCGGGCUUUGAAUACUUGGACAUAAUUGAAAUGAUCUGGCCGAUUACCUGUUUCCUCGUCAUAACCAGUAUAAUUGUCCAUGGCAGUUCGAUUGCAGUCUUCACGUUGGGAAAGCGCAUAAACACGCUGAGCGUCUCUCUCACGUACACACAAGCUAACGAGGACGGUCCAAGCUGGAUGGACCGGCUUCCGCGUAUACAAUCUCGAUCCAAGUCUUCCAUGUCACUUGGGCGGCGACCAUCAGCUUCCGACAUAAGUGAAAAGGGCGACACCGCUGGUUCAGGGCUCCUUCCUGCGAUUGGGAUCCCAGGCCAAUUUCUCCGUCGCCAGAAGGAAGAGGACGUUUCCAGCCGUACAGCGCUGCGCAGGAGAUGGGAUGGCCCCCGAGGGGCUGGCGGACCGAUAUCCGAAUCCGCGAUCAGGCCAGAUCGGAGUCCCGGAGAGAAAACGGAGACUACUUCGCCAUUGCGGGACUCUGAUACCCUAGCUGUCCCUGGCGACGAGAGCCCGGAGAGCUCCUUGACCAGAGAAAAGCCCGGCGACUGGGAGGAGGAAGAAGAGCUCUACCAGGAAGGCAGAGACACCGUUAUUGAAGAUGAAGAGGGAAAUGUAUUAGGUACGCGGCAUAGUCGGCGCGGGGAGGGGAAGAAGGAGCGCGAAGAGGCUGAUGCUGCCGAGGCCGCACGUCUCUUCUCCGAGAAACACGUCCAACAUGGGGUGGCACUGACUGAGCAUGGCGGCAAAGCCGAGGAGACGCCUGGAAAGGUUGCUGAAGCUGUGAAAGAGGGCAUUGAACAUCCGGGCAGGUGGAAGCUGCUCAAGAGAAUGCAGACCUCGUCCGGCGCCCGGCCAGAUGGCGAUGGUCAACCUUCUGCACCCUCCAGGACCUACAAGCCGCCCCAGAAGCGUGGCCCAGCCCUCGCGUAUCAAUUUGGUAACACUAUUAUCGUCGAGGAUGAGGAUGGUGAAGUCAUCAAGAAGUACGACAUCCCCGCUGGACCCAAGGAUCGUCCUGGAACGGACCGUAAGACGACCAUUGGGGAAACGGGCGGUCGCGCCAUGCACAGUCUUCGCAACAUGGGCAAGUACGUGCGAAUGCCCACUCAUCAUCAAGAGGCGGGAUCUUCAGGCACACAACCUGCUGCUGCAGACGCCAAGAAGAAGACAUCCAAAUCCGACGAAGAUGAUGAGCGUAUCCGCUUCACCGUUACCGCUGGCGGGCGUAGGAUGAGUAAAGCCGAGUUUAUUGAGCAGAUGUCCAAACUGGAUCCCAAAGCUCGUGCUAAGUUCAUCGAGGAUAGCGACGUGCCGGAUAAGGUCAAGCAGGACGCGAAAGAGGAUGCCAAAGAUGCUGCUCGUAGGCAGUCAGCGGCUCAACACGCGCGUGUUGCGCCUGUCGUUCGUGAAGAGGGCGACGCCCAGAUUCAGAGGUUAGACUCGUCCACUGCAGUCCAGGAGCCGAGAAACGCAGGGCCAGAGGCUCUAACCAUGGUGGGUAGCAGCGCAGAAGAUGUACCGUUCCACUCCGUUCGGCAGGAUCUUGCCAGAUACAAACUCGAGCAUUCUCAGGAGGGUGAAACUGCCGCGCAGCGUCGCCGCCGAUUGGCUGAUGAGUCCGCUGGUCCCACGCCUAGCUUAUCAUCUUCGGUGCCUGACGGUGAGGAGGAAGAAUCAGCCGUCGAACGACGUCGCCGCCUGGCCGCCCUUCGCGGAUCAUCUUCCCCGGACCGAGAGCCGGAAGCGUCAUCGGGAAGCUCGAGACAAGGACCGAAGAGCCGCAUGGAUGAAGGUGAGACUGCAGCAGAGCGCAAGCGGCGCCUCGGUGCCCUGGGCAUGGGAGAUGGAAACACUCCUGAUUCAGAGUCCGAUGACGAGGAAGAAGGCGGCCCGCUUGCGACUAGAAGGGGUCUACGUCCGGCGUCUCCUAACGGAGAACAACAACAGGCGGCGCGGAGAACGACGGCAGCCCAAGCAGAGCCCGCUCGCCCUCCUGGCAUCCGCUUUGCGGAGCAGCCCCGCAUUCCGACCAAGGACGAGCGAGCGGCAGCGGCAGCCGAGCAGGCAGCCGAAGAUGCACGAGAAGCUGCUGGUGGUUCCAAGGGUGGUGGAGAGCUGCGCCUUGGGAAUCUGAGGUUGCAGUGGAACACGAAGAAGAAGAGCUAGGGACUCUAUAGAGUUUGCAUGGUUGCGUUUGCAUCAUUGCCGCUCGGGGUAUAAACUUUCUUUUCUCCGUCGUCUUUGGGCGACUGCAUAUUUAGGUGCGUUAAUAUAUACGGGGGUUUGGGAACCUUUGUGGGUACCUAUCAAUAUCUGCAUCGUAGACACGUGACAUCUUCGCA